AUGAGUAAUAAUCCAGAGGAUUAUCAGCAAAUAUUACUAUUACCCGAGGAUUUCAAUGCGGCAACAUCCACGAUCACGACGCCGCCUGUGAAGACCAGAACACUAUCAUUGUACCAUCCAUCGUUGACCUCAGGAAAACCAUCUCUUCAAUUGUUAAUAAAUAAUGACAAAGUAUACUAUUUUGAUCAAUAUACAUUCCGUAGCAAAUAUCUAGUGGAUGCAAGCCGUUCGGGCCCACGUCGUCUUGUUACCUCUAAGGACACAUCGCCACAAGAGGUGACUUCUGCAAGAUCUGUGUUUGUCUUCAAUUCAGAAUCUCGUCAGGAUGGGUUGGUUCUAUCUCAGGAUACGCUAAAAUUGCUACUAACGUACGAUAUCACAUACAGUCUAAUUUCAGCGUAUUGCAAAGCACAAAGGGAUUCCAUGACAUCAAAUGAGAAAGAUUACCUGACCAAUACAACACCAUCUUCAAUACAAAGCAAAAAUACCGGUGAGAGUGAUAGAUUUCUGACUAUUAGAGAUUAUCAAGAUAUGUUGAUAGAACAAGACAGUCCCGAAUGGAACGAGAUACCGACGUCAAUUAUAGAGAGUAAGUUAUGUUCAAUAAGUGAACAAAUCACUGAGUGUGAUGAAUCGUAUUAUAAAGUUACUUUAUUAUCUAUCUUAAAACAUUUAAUCAACCAAAAAAUUUGUAAAAUGUAUUCAUCAUUUCCCAAAUCAAUUCCAAUACCAAGUCAGUGGCCUGGCGAUCUCCAAAAUUGCAUGAAAAUCAUUAGAUGUUGUCAGUUAUUAAUAUCUUUAUUACCUCAAAGAAUAUAUCACGCAUUGACACAAGAAGAUACUAUCACUGUAAUAACUGUUAGUGAUGAAUCAGAGGUUCUAACCAUCAAAAAAUGUUUCACCAAGAUAGAAAAAUAUAAAGAGUCAACCGCAGUCAGUGAACAAGAACGUAAAUUGUUGGCACAGAGCGCUAUGCAAGUAGGAUUAUCCAAUGGUUCAACUGUCAAUGAUGCUGGUAAUAACAAGAUUAAGAAACCUCCAAUCACUAAGAAAAACGUUACCAAGAAAAAAGUUACAGUUGGUAAAGGUGCCAUCGAUGGAUUUUUCAAGAAACGUUAA